GCGCCGUCGUGCGGUACGGACGUCGAUUACGGUUUUCGCUGGUGGUGGUUACUUGGCAAUACGGUCAGACAGACUAAGUUUUGACUUGCGAGGAUUAUUGUUUCUGCACAACAAGUGCCAUAGAGAGGGAAAACCAACUCAAAAAGUUUUACAAUUUGACCUUAUAGUACUGAAUUUAUAAAUAAAGAAAAAAUAACAGAAAAUUAAAAAAAAACUACAAAAAAUUCUUAAUACGUUGUCUCAAAAUUUUCCAAGUGAAAAUACGCACGAUCAGCCGGAAAACAGCAGACAAACAGCGAACCACAUAAUGGGGUCUCAAGUACCCCAGAACGGUGCAACAGCCGCGAGGCGAACAUUGUGGAAUGCCACAAUGCUGUUGAAAGUGGCAGCAGUGCUAUUGAUAUUGCAUGCCACAUGUGGCAAUUAUCAUCAGGCAUCAGCAAAGCAACUAAGCAAUGCCGAUUUCACCAUCGAUGACACCUUCGAUAUUGACCAAUUCGAUGAAGCGCCUGCGGCCCACACCAAUGCACAACUGAUACGAAAUCAACGUGACCUCGAUACUGAAUCUCUGCUCGAGGACGAACUGCAACCGUUCGCCGCGGACGAUGAAACUGAAGCGGACAGCAGUAGUUGGCUGGUGAAGGGCGUGAAACGUGUACGCCGUGAGCUAAGCCGUCUCUUCGGCAAAGCGGAUGACAAGUCCGCCAAGCAACAUCGACGCAAGCUGCACGAAGGUGCAGCCGAUAAGCACAGCCACAAGCAUCCAAAACAGCACAAAGCACGUAGUGGUGAUGAUAAGAAGCAUCGUAAUAAACACCACAUGGGUGGCAAACAUCGUGGCCAGCUCUUGUUGCAGCAACAACAACAUGGUCAAGAACAUGAAACGGCGGAACAGCAAGGCAAACAACUGAAAAAGCUUGCGAAGAAGCAUGCGAAACGACAAAGCGACUACGAUGGCUCGGGUGAUGGUGAUGACGAAUUCGAGGGCCCCCCAACGGAAUUCUGGCGCACUUACUUUGUCAUCAACGAGCCUUGGAGUGAGGCCUUCACCAAUGCAAAAAGCGAGGAAUUCUUGACCCUGUAUCGUUCGCUGGAGAUAUCGCUAAAGAAGCUCUUCCACGAAGCGGUCAAUGAUGAGGACUUUGACAUCAACCCCGCCUUGUUGGUAGUGAAUCGUCAUGAGGACAACUACAAGGUAUAUGUCUUGGUACAACUCGAACUGCCCGAGGGCAACAACGGUUUCCAGCAGGUAUUUGAGAAUCACCUUGAGCGCUAUCAUCGCUUAGGCAAUUUGGGUGCUGAGACUGGCGAUCGCUUCUACUUCAGGCACAUAGAUGACAUAUCGUUACCGAUAGACCCCGAAACCGAUUACAUACCACCCAAAGAGUAUAAUGGUGAAGGGGGUGACGAAGUUUCCGGCACUUAUGGGGACGCAUGUGAUCCCGAUCAUGGUUUUGAAUGUACGGAUGGCUCACUUAUCGCUUGCGACAAUCUCUGUAACGGCGCAAUGGAUUGUUCCGAUGGCGCUGAUGAGGACGAGGCCUUCUGUAAUUCCAAAUACGAUGCCGAGGAAGAUGAACGUCUUGCCGCCGAAGAAGAGCAACGUCGUUUAGAGGAAGAGGCGCGUCAUCGUGCAGAGGAGGAAGACAGAGCCGCAAGUUUGGCUGCCGAGGAAGAGCAACGUGUUGAGCAAGAACGUCGUGCACAAGAAGAGGAGCGACUUGCAGAGGAGGAGCGUCGCAAUGAAGAAGAGCGGCGCGCAGAAGAUGAACGCCGUGCUGAAGAUGAACGCCGUGCCGAAGAUGAGCGCCGCGCUGAUGAUGAACGUCGUGCUGAAGAAGAACGUCGUGCUGAAGAAGAACGUCGUGCCGAAGAAGAACGCCGUGCCGAAGAGGAACGCCGCCUGGAGGAGGAACGUCGUGCUCAAGAAGAAGAAGAAGCCGGUUACGCCGGCGGUGAGGAUGAAAGCGUAGACCCCGUUACACAAGAACCGAAUGAGAAUGAAAUAGUUGAUGAAUAUGAUGAAGAAGAAGAACGUCGUCGCACUGAGGAAGCUGAACGCGCCGAACAAGAUCGCCUACGCGCCGAACAAGAUCGCCUACGAGCCGAGUAUAUAGAACAAGAACGCCGCCGUGCACAGGAAAUAGAGCGCGCUCGUGCUGAGUAUGAAAAACGGCAACGUGAGGAAGCCUCCGAACGAGACGAAAUACCCGAACUACCCAUAAUGCCUGACGAGUCCGAAGCCACCGAAGAGCCAGAGCGCGCCUAUAAUGGUCUAGACCUGGAUGAGGGUUCUGGCGCUGAUACCAACUUUGGCAUUUCGACAGAUCGUUCGACGCUUUUCACGGAUGCCGGCUGUCGUGGUGAUGCCUCGUACACAUGCAGCCGAAGUGGUUACCAAAUCUGCGACGAACAACGCUGUGACGGUCGUGAGGACUGUCCGGAUGGUGAAGAUGAGGUCGACUGUGAAUAUGAAAAUGGUGCUGGUGGUGAUGCCAAUGGCGGUGCUGUCGAUGGUAAUGAGGAGGAAAUCAUUGAUGAGGAUCUGGCUGGUAAAGGAGAAAGAGACGAAGGUGAAAAUGUUUGCUCCGAUAGCGAGUUUAAAUGUGAUGGCAAUUGUAUAGCGCGUUAUUAUGUGUGUAACGGUAUUGUUGAAUGCGAAGAUGGCACCGAUGAGGCGAACUGUCCUAGCAGUGAAACAGAAGAAUGCAGACCAGAUCAGUAUAGAUGUCGUUCAGGCAAUUGCAUUGAUAGUGCACGUCGCUGUGAUCGCACUCCUGACUGUCCCGAUGGCGAUGAUGAGGAUGCAAGUUGCCUUAUCGGUUGUCGUGAGGAUGAGUACCUGUGCAGGGAUGGCAUGCGUUGUAUUAGCAAUACGCGAGUCUGCGACCGCGUCACCGACUGUGUAGACGCCGACGAUGAGGAUCAAUGUGAUGGCAUUGUACCUCAGCUGCGUUACUAUUGCCCGAAGGGUAAAUUCACCUGUCACGAUCUAUCGUGCAUUUCGAUUGUGCAUCGCUGUGAUGGCCAUACGGAUUGUCCAAAUGAUCGCGCCGAUGAGGAGGGAUGUCCUUGCCUCUACGAACGUUGGAUGUGCGACGAUGGCACUUGUUUGUCGCAAGAACAGCGCUGUAAUGGCAAUAUUGAUUGCCCGAAUGAUGUGUCGGAUGAACGGAAUUGCAAUGGUGGUGAGUCUGCCUGCAGAUAUAACGAAUUCCAAUGUGAUAACGGUCAAUGUAUACCGAUGCGUGAGUUAUGCGAUAAUAUAUAUGAUUGUGUUGAUUAUUCAGAUGAGAAGGAUUGUGACGUGGAGGAUAUUGGCCGUAAUAUUUUCGAUGAGGAUGAAAUUAUACGCGAAUAUGCACCACAUCCACGACGCCCACCGACGACGGAGGGCCCACCCCUCCUAGAGGGUAUAGAUGCCGAGGAAUAUUAUGUGCUCAACUCACAUAUCUAUGAGAAAUCGAAUGCGCUUAAGCCCUGCAAUGAAAAUCAAUUCGAAUGCGGCAAUAAAGUGUGUAUACCGUUAUUCCUGCGCUGUGACGGCUUUUACGCAUGCAACGAUCUGUCCGAUGAGUUCGACUGUGAUCAGUAUAAUAGUGAAAAGCGGCGCACGACCACAGCGAGGCCAGCGAAUUUGGUGCGCCCAACACAGGCGACUGGGGGCGGAUUGUUACCCUGGUGGCGUACAACGGCCGCGCCAACGGUGAGCACAACAGCAUGGGCGAUGACAACGACGGGAAGGCCGACAACUAGCGCGACAUUUGCGCAGAGUAAUGAGACGCUACUAAUACCCAGCUACAAUAACACUUGCCUCGAACAUUACGAAUUCGCAUGCCGUAAUGGCGAUUGCAUACCAAUCGAGAGCGUUUGCGAUGGCGCUGCCGAUUGUAAGCAACGCGAAGAUGAAGACUACGAAUUGUGCAGUUGCAGCAGCGAUAAGUGGAAAUGUUUGCGCGGCGGCGGUUGCAUACCGAAAACACAAGUCUGCGAUGGUAGAAAACAGUGCAAGGAUGGCAGUGAUGAGAGCAAUUGUCAUUUUCAUGCUAAAUAUAAUAAGACGCGCAUUGACAAUGAAUGUUUGAGUUUUCAAUUUCAAUGCGCCGAUGGUAUCUGCAUUUCGGGCUACAAGCGUUGUAACGGCAUUACCGAUUGCGAUGAUGAUUCGGAUGAGAUAAAUUGUCCUUUAAAUUAUGAUGACGCAAGUUAUGAAUUCGAACCGGAUCCCGCGCUCAUCGAAUGCGAUAUAUAUGAGUUCGAGUGCGAUUACUCGCGUUGCAUACCGAUUGAAAAGAAAUGUGACGGUUAUCCCGACUGCGAUGACGAAACCGAUGAAUUUGAUUGUCCGCCAUUCACAGAACAUUGCCAUGAAAAUGAAUUUGAAUGCGAUCAAAAUUAUUGUAUACUACGUGAUCAACAAUGCAACGGUGUUGUCAAUUGCAAUGAUGGAACCGAUGAGCAAAAUUGCACAAUCUGCCGCGAUAAAGCUUUUCUCUGUCACACAGGCGAAUGCAUUUUGUCCAAAUUGCGUUGCAAUGGUCAGACCGAUUGCGUCGAUGCUAGUGAUGAAUUAAAUUGCGUCGAUCCAGCAUCGAGACGUAUUGAAUGUCCGGCACUGCAAUUCAUUUGUAACGGUACCUGCGUCGAUUGGAGUCUACAUUGCAAUGGCAAAAUCGAUUGCGACGAUGAAGUCGAUGAACGAGAUUGCGAUGUUAGUGAAAAUGAAAUAACAAAUUUCAUAACGAAUAAAACCUGCCAAGCCUACCAAUGGCAAUGCGACAACUCACAGUGUAUCAAUAAAGAUUAUUUGUGCGACGGAACGGCAGAUUGCACAGACGGAUCCGACGAAUCGACCAGGCAAUGCGAGAAGAAGGUUGCGACACGCCACACACCCGAGGACUGUACGGCCGAUCAACACUUUUGCGACGACGAAUGUCGCCCAGCCAGCAUACGUUGUAAUGAUGUUAGCGAGUGUACGGACGGUAGUGAUGAGAUUAACUGUACACCCGCAUAUACGCCGAGCACACGCCGACCACUAACCAUCUACCCGUGUCCGAUGCAUACCUGUCCGAAUGGCAAAUGCUAUUCGGAGAGUGAACGUUGUGAUGGUUCGCGUGAUUGUGACGAUGGUGCCGAUGAGGCAAAUUGCUGCGCUGCUAAUCAAUUCCGUUGCCGCAAUGGUGAUUGUGUCUCGCGCAACGCUCAAUGUAACGGUUAUCCCGAUUGUCGCGAUGGCUCAGACGAAGAUGACUGCUCGGAAGCAACACUGCCAUUUGUGCCAUCCUGUUCGGCGGCGCAAUUCCGCUGCAAUAACGGUCAGUGUAUAAAUGCGGCGGCGCGUUGUAAUGGCUAUACCGAUUGUGCUGACAGUUCGGAUGAGCUCUCGUGCACUGCCACCGAUGUUUCUCCCGCCAAUCCACAAUUGAACUUGAAGACCUAUCCCGAUAGUCAGAUUAUCAAAGAAAGUCGCGAAGUCAUCUUCCGUUGCCGUGAUGAGGGUCCACAGCGCGCACGCGUCAAAUGGACACGCCCAGGCGGUCGUCCGCUACCGAUCGGCUCACGUGACAAUGGCGAUGGUCGUCUGGAAAUACCCAAUAUACGCGUCGAAGACUCUGGUCAAUAUAUCUGUGAGGCUGUAGGCUAUCCACGUCAUGUGUCGGGACAACAAGUGCUCGUACAUCUGACUGUUGAGAAAUCCAAUCCCAACUAUGAUCGCCCGCCAACAGCUUGCCGUGCCAACCAGGCUACAUGCCGCAACAAUGAUUGUAUCGACAAGGCUUUGAUCUGCGAUGGCACCCCACACUGCUCGGAUGGUUCCGACGAGGAGAGCUGCAGUCACGGUCUCAAGUGUCAGCCGAAUCAGUUCAUGUGCCGCAACUCACGUUGCAUUGAUCGCAUCUGGCGUUGUGACGGUGAGGACGAUUGUUUCGAUAACUCCGAUGAGGACAGUUGUGAUCCGGAGCCAAGUGGUGCGCCAUGCCGUUAUGACGAGUUCCAGUGUCGCAGCGGUCAUUGCAUACCGAAGAACUUCCAAUGUGACGAUACGAAUGAUUGCUUGGAUGGCAGCGAUGAGAUCGGUUGUGUUGCGCCUGCGCCAAUACGUCCACCUCCUCCUUACGUCCGCCUGCAACAGGGCGAUGCUUUGAAUAUUAGCUGCGUAGGUGUCGGUGUACCCGUGCCACUCAUCGUCUGGCGUUUGAACUGGGGCCAUGUGCCUGAGAAGUGCGUGUCGCGUAAUUAUGCCGGAUCUGCUACACUCUACUGCCCCGGCAUGGAUAGCGUGGAUCAAGGCGCCUAUUCCUGUGAGAUAAUCAACUCGAAGGGUCGCAUUUUCGUCACCCCCGACACUCAUGUAUCGGUGGAGCCGAGCCGACCCGAUUUGGAUGUCUGCCCUGCCGGUUUCUUCAACAUGCUUGCACGUCAUCCGGAUGAGUGUAUUAACUGUUUCUGUUUCGGCAUAUCGAAGACCUGCAAGAGCGCCAAUCUGUUCAACUUUGCCCUUCAACCGCCAAUCACAUCGCACAAAGUAAAGAAUGUGGAGCUGAACCCUUACGGUGAUGUUAUCAUCAACGAGGCGCCACAGCCCAAUAUACUGAGUCGUCUUCACGGCGUUCAGUUCCGCGUGUCUGAUGUGGGCUACAACAGUCGCGAGCAACCCUACUUAGCGCUACCGAUCGAUUACAUGGGUAAUCAGUUGAAAUCUUACGGUGGCUAUCUGCGUUACGAAGUCAAUUAUAUGGGCAAUGGACGUCUGAACAAAGUACCCGAUGUUAUAAUCACUGGAAAUGGCUACACGCUUACACAUCGCGUGCGCAACCAACCGGAACCGAAUGUCAACAACAAAAUCUCUGUACAAUUCCAUGCUGGUAAUUGGUACAAGACCGACGGCCGUCGCGCAACACGCCAGGAGAUUAUGAUGGUUCUGGCCAAUGUAGACAACAUACUCAUUCGUUUGAGCUACAUUGAUGCCACCGAACGUGAGGUUGAGCUGACCAACAUCUUCAUGGACUCGGCUGGUUUAACGGACCAAGGUUUGGGUUCAGCUUCCUUAGUGGAAAAAUGUACCUGUCCACCUGGCUAUGUUGGCGACUCUUGCGAGUCUUGUGCGCCCGGUUAUGUACGCGAGAAGUACGACUGGCUGGGACGCUGCGUGCCAUUUGUGCCGGAGCAAUGUACAGCAGGCACUUAUGGUGAUCCGGCACGUGGUAUACCCUGCCGUCCAUGCCCAUGUCCACAAACUGGAGCCGGCAACUUUGCAAGCACUUGUCAACUCGGUCCUGAUGGUGACGUUAUCUGCAAUUGUUUCGAAGGCUACACCGGCAGACGCUGUGAGUCCUGCGCUCCAGGUUAUCAGGGCAAUCCAUUGGUGCCAGGCGGCAGCUGCUACCCAAUACCGGAGAGCACUUGCAACGCCGAGGGUACCUACUACCCACACCCUAACGGCACCUGCGAGUGUAAGACACUUGUGGUGGGUCCACGUUGUGACACCUGCGCGCCGGAGUCUUUCCACUUGAACAGUUUCACCUACACCGGCUGCAUUGAGUGCUUCUGCAGCGGUCUCACCAAGCAAUGCUCCAGCAGCAGCUGGUACCGGGACCAGAUUUCGACGAGCUUUGGUCGCUCGCGUGCACCACACGGCUUUAAACUCAUUCGCGAUUACGAGACGCCCGAACCAAUUGUUUUCCAACAAUCGAAUAGCGCGCUCCAAUUUAGUUCGACCACCGGCUCCGAACCACUCUAUUGGAGUUUGCCUGCCACAUUCUUGGGUAACAAGAUUACUGCCUAUGGUGGCAAACUUGCCUAUAAUCUCAGCUACAACGCACUGCCCGGUGGUUUUAUGUCCCGCAACAGCGCACCCGAUGUGGUCAUCAAGGGUGAGGAUGUGACCAUGGUACAUUAUCGCAAGGCUAGCGUAAGCCCCAGCCAACCCAGCUCAUACUCUGUGCCGAUCAUUGAAAGCGCCUGGCAGCGUUCGGACGGUCAAGUGGUCAAUCGCGAGCACUUGCUGAUGGCACUCUCCGACAUCUAUGCGAUCUACAUCAAAGCCACCUACACCACCGGUACCAAGGACGGUCAGUUGACGCACGUCUCACUAGAUAUUGCGACCCAAAAUAACAUCGGCACACCACGCGCCUACGAAGUGGAGGAGUGCCGCUGUCCAAUCGGUUACAUUGGGCUCUCCUGUGAGCGUUGCGCACCUGGUUAUAAACGUGAGAGCGAAGAGGGUCUCUAUCUAGGCGUUUGCAUACCUUGUGAAUGUAAUGGACACUCGACGCAAUGCGAUGCCGAAACCGGCGUUUGUGUGAACUGCGAUCACAAUACCGCUGGCGAUUACUGUGACCGCUGCGCAGCCGGUUAUACAGGCAAUGCCUCCGGCGGCACACCAUAUGACUGCACACCCGAUUACGCACCACCCCCACCGAGCAAUCAGUCCUCUUGUUCUUAUUGUAAUCGCGCCGGUACUGUAUCGUGCGACGGCGGCUACUGCGCUUGUAAACCCAAUGUGGAUGGGGCAUACUGCGACCGUUGUCGUCCCGGCACUUUUGGACUCUCCGAGCGUAAUCCCGAUGGUUGUGAGGAGUGCUAUUGCUCUGGCAAGAGCACACAAUGCAACUCUGCGCUGCUGUACCGCCAACUGAUACCCGUCGACUUUAUACUCAACGCGCCGCUCAUCACAGACAUUAAGGGCGAGGUGAUAGACAACAGCAAUCAAAACUUCGAUUUCCCCACCAACUCGUACACCUACAAUUAUACAUCGUACACCGAAAAAUACUGGAGCAUACGCGGCUCCGUGCUGGGCAAUCAAUUGUACUCGUACGGCGGUCAUCUCUCCUACAAUCUGGAUGUGGAAACUUAUGGUGACUACGUGCCCGGCAAAGAUGUCGUACUGAUCGGUAAUGGCAUGGAACUGCACUGGUCGCGUCCGGAUGAAGAGCAAGACAGUAAUGAAUACCGCGUACGCUUGCAUGAAGACGAGGAGUGGCAGCGUACUGAGUACGGCAGCACAAUACGCGCCACCCGCCUGGACUUCAUGAAUGUGCUGGCCAACUUGGAGCACAUUUUGAUACGUGCCACAACUAAAAUACCCACCACACGCACGAGCAUACGCGAUGUCAUACUCGAGUCGGCAGUGGAGCAUCGUACACCCGACGCUACGCAGGCUGUAGAAAUUGAGCUCUGCACUUGUCCGGCGGGCUACUCCGGCGCCUCAUGCGAGAAAUGCGAACCGCUGCAUUACAAGGAUAACUACGGCAGCUGUGUGGCCUGUCCGUGCCGUGAAGACACCACCGACUCGUGCUUCCUGCAACGCAACGAAGUGGUCUGCCAAUGCAAGCCCGGCUACAGCGGCCAACAGUGUCAAGUUAAUGACGUCUAUCCACCCCGCCCCGAGCCGACGCGUCCAACACCACCACCAGCACUGCCAGAGUAUCAAACACAAAUUACCGUUUCAAUUGCGCCACCUCAAUACGAAAUCAUACCGAUUGGUGGCUCCCUGACGCUGACCUGUACCGGCCGCAUGGCCUGGAAUGGCCUGCCGGUGUUUGUGAAUUGGUUCAAACUGGGCGGACGUCUGCCCAACGCCGCUGAAGAGGAGGACGGCAUUUUGCGCUUGUACAACCUACAAAUCUACGACUCCGGUGUGUACGUCUGUCGUGCGGUGAACAAUGACACGAAACGCGUUUUCGAAGAUAAGGUUUCCAUUACAAUCUCAGAGGACUCCCUACGCACCGGUCCACGCAUUGAGAAUCUACCACAAGUCGUGGAAUUCGAAGAGUACCAAACGAAUGAGAUCAACUGCGAAGUGAGUGGCAAUCCCACACCCACCGUCACCUGGACACGUGUCGACGGUCGCAUGUCAAUGGAGGCGCACACCGAUGGCACCCGUCUGAUCUUCGAUGCGCCGCGCAAGUCGGACGAGGGCAGAUAUCGUUGUAAAGCCACAAAUCCACUUGAUACCGUUGAGAAAUAUACACAAGUGUAUGUGCGUACCUCCCCACCGGUGCCACCGCCACCACCACGUGAACUCAUCUACAUCGAACCGCCAUCAUACACCGGUGAAUCGGGCGAUAGCGUGCGACUCACCUGCCAACCCACCACCUCGAUUGUGCUCGUCUAUGAGUGGAACAAGGACGGCUACCCGCUAUAUCGUCAGAGCAAUGUAAUUGUGAGUGGCAAUACGCUUGAAAUACGCGAGGCCACCGCACGCGACUCUGGCUACUACACUUGCAUUGGCAUCGAUCUACGCAACCGGCGCAACUAUACCAACGAUGCGCAAGUUGUGAUCGAGGAAAGCAACUAUCCGGCACCAGGUCCACUACCGGGCACCAUUGCGCCUGUAGUCAAACGUUUGCCCGAAGAAAACCGCAUUGCACAAGGGCAAGAUUUCUCUAUUACCUGCGAGGCAAGCGGCUCACCCUACCCCAGCAUCAAAUGGACGAAGUUCCACGCUGCGCUCGCUGACAAUGUACAGCAAACCGGUAAUGUUUUGCGUAUCAUAAACGCACGCCCCGAGAACGGCGGCAUGUAUCUGUGCAUAGCCGAGAAUGUGGCCGGCUCUCAUGAGUCCAGCACUAUAAUCGAUGUUGAUCCACGUGAAAGUCCCACCAUAGAUAUACAUCCGCCCGAGCCACAAAGGGUCAAUGUCGGCACGGAAGCAAUGCUCUACUGCAGUGGUAACGGCUCACCCGAACCGACCGUGCAAUGGCGUCGUGUGGAUGGCAAACCGCUGUCGUCCCGUUGUGAGAUAGUCAGGGAAGGCUAUAUCAUGAUACGUAACAUACAAGUGGAGGACGAUGGUGAUUACGAGUGUAUCGCUAAAAACGAUGUGGGUCGCACAACAGCCGUGCAGGAAAUACGCGUGUUGGUGCCACCCUCAAUUACGCUCGAGCCCAAUGAGGAAUAUCUCAGUUUAACCGAAGGUGAUGAACUGAAGUUGAUCUGCAGCGCGAGUGGUGUGCCCAGCCCCAUCGUGCAAUGGGUUGAUGAUUCAACGGAAUUUAACCGCGAACUCAGCGUGGGCCGACAAUUCAAUCAGGCCUUCUUGGAGAAGUAUCGUGUCGAUCGGAAUGACGCCAAGAUCUACAAGUGUAUCGCGAGCAACGAGGCCGGCACGGAUGAGAGCUACGUCACCGUGGAUGUGCGUCCACGUCGUGGCGAUGCACCAGUUGACAGCGAUGUGAUCCGUUACCCUGUAGCCGAUACACCACCACCUCAAAAUAUCUAUCGCGCGCGAGAAGGCGAUGCCGUCAAACUUACAUGCGAUCUAAAUCAAGCGCUGCUUACGCGCUGGGAACGCGUCGAUGGCGAUCCUUUGCCUGAGAACUCAUACUUGGACCGCAAUAGCUUGAUUAUUAGUGGCGUCGAGCAGAAAAAUAUCGGACGUUACCGUUGCAAUGCCAUCGAUAAUCUUGGUAAUAUUGAAACGUUCAUUGUUGCUGAGCUCGUCCUGGUGCCGAUACCACACAUCACCUUCCAUCCUCAAAUACCGGUUGUGCUGACUGAGAACGAUAAUAUCGAUAUCUUCUGCGAGGUGUCCGGCGAACAACCCAUCGCUGUCACCUGGCAUACGACCAACAAUCGUCCACUGCCAGAUUCCGUACGCAUUGAAGGUCCUUACCUGCGCUUCUUCUCCAUUACACCCGCCGAUGCUGGCCGGUACCUCUGCUCGGCCUCUAAUCGCUAUGGCAAUACAACGAAAACCGCUGAGGUGGUCGUAAAUCGUCGCGGCCCCUAUUUGCCUACACCACGUGCACAGGUUCAUGAAAUACGCGAAGGCGAUGAUGUCACGCUCACCUGCAAUGUAGGCGAUGGACGUGAGACGAUACGCGGUGGCAUAAGAUAUAAUUGGCGUCGUGAAGACCAACGACCUCUACCACCAGGCGCUUUGAUACACGAUCAACGUCUGAUUUUGCGUGGCGUACAGAAACAGGACGAAGGUCGCUAUGUGUGCGACUCCUACACAACGGCCGGUUAUAGCUCAGCGCCAUCUUAUGUCGAUUUGAUUGUCAAGCGAGGUUACAGCAUAAGUGAGGUCCCUUGCGUCGUUUUCUAUAUCUGUACAGACUUCAAAACCACCAAAGCGGUGGUGUCCAAGCCGCCUACGCGUCUCUCCUACGCCUGCCAACCGACCGACUUUAAGUGCGUCUCGCAUCCGCAUACCUGUAUUAAAGCCGCAAUGGUCUGUGACGGCAUACACGAUUGCACCGAUCACUCGGACGAGUUCAAUUGUACGACGCCACAAUCGUCAACAACACUUCAACUGCCGUUGCUUGGCAGCUCAUUAGCCGUGUCGGCGGGUGUGACACCAACUGCAACACCUCUGCCGCCGCCGCCGCCUCUAACUAAGCCCUCGCUGACGUCGCACAAAAAGUCACCGCCAACCCCACCAUCGACGCCAACACAGAAGCCGAGCUAUAAGCGCUGGAAGAAGCGGCACAGCAGUCACAAGGAGCGACGCAAUAAUCACGCGCACACACACAAACACAAACAGCGGCUGCGUGUGAAGAAGCGACGCCAUUUGCUACAGACGCCGACGACCGUUUUCCACCCAUUCGCAGCAGCGGCAAUACCACUACCACGUUUGCCCGUCGUACCGCAAACAUUACCGGAGCUCCCCACCCUACCACCACCACCAGCACAAACCCGGCAACGUGAGCUGAGCCUUAAACUGGACCAACAAUCGUCGCAACUGCGCGUCGGCGAAUCAACAGAGGUCGAGUGUUACUCAUCGGACAGUAGCUACACGGAUGUCGUCUGGGAACGGGCCGAUGGCACGCCUCUGCCACCACAUAUACAGCAAAUCGGCAAUCGUCUGAUCAUCUCACACGUUUCCGCUUCCGACGCUGGCAACUACGUCUGCAAGUGCAAGACCGAUGUGGGUGAAUUGUACACGACCAGCUAUGAGUUGGGCAUUGAGGAGUGGCCGCACGAGUGGAAGCGUCCGAAGUUGGUGCAUGCCGACGUUGGAUCCUCCGCGAAGCUUAACUGCGACGCUGAAAUACCUGGCAGCUAUCGUUGGUCUCGCCAAUACGGGCAAAUGCAAGCCGAGCGCGAGCUAUUCAAUGAGCAACUCGAACUACACAAUGUGCAAGCAAACGACGCCGGCACUUACAUUUGCACGUCCAGCACACCGGAUGGCCAGUCCAUCGACUAUCCGACUAUACUAGUUGUCACCGGCGCUAUACCGCAAUUCCAUCAGGAACCGAUUAGCUACAUGUCUUUCCCUACGCUACCCGAAUCGGUACUUAAGUUCAACUUUGACAUUACAUUCCGACCCGAGCAGGGCAAUGGUCUCUUGCUCUUCAACGGUCAGAAGCGUGGGAGUGGUGACUAUAUCUCGCUCUCGCUGAAUGACCGUUAUCCCGAAUUCCGUUUUGACUUCGAUGGUAAACCAAUGAUUGUACGCGCCGAACGUCCGGUUUCGCUCAACGAGUGGCACACCGUACGCGUGAACCGCUUCCGACGCGAUGGCUACAUGCAGGUGGAUGAACAACAUCCCGUCGCCUUCCCCACACUAGCGCAAGUUUCACUCUUGGACUUGAUUGAAGACUUGUAUAUUGGCGGUGUACCGAACUGGGAAAUGUUGCCACAUGAUGCUAUUGAUGAACAAGUCGGCUUUGUGGGUUGCAUUAGCCGCCUCACUCUCCAGGGUACCAUUGUUGAGUUGAUGAAAGAGGCCAAGUUGAAGGAAGGCAUCACUGCCUGCCGUCCGUGUCAAAAGAACCCAUGCGAGAAUGGCGGCAUCUGUCUCGAAAGUCAAACGGAGAUGGCCUACACAUGCAUCUGUCAACAAGGUUGGACCGGGCAUAACUGUGGCGUCGAAGGCACACAGUGCACACCCGGCAUUUGCGGUAGUGGACGCUGCGAGAACACUGAGAUGGGCAUGGAAUGCCUCUGCCCCUUGAACAAGACCGGCGAUCGCUGUCAGUACAUCGAGCAUUUGAAUGAGAACAGCUUGGCGUUCAAGCUCAAUAGCUAUGCUGCCUACCCCACACCACGCGCCUCCAAAUUGAAUGUGAAGUUCAAGGUACGACCCAACUCGCUGCAGGAUGCCAUCCUACUCUACGCAGCCGAAUCGAAGCUGCCCAGCGGCGACUUUAUUGCCGUGCUGCUGCAUGAUAAACACGUCGAGCUCGUCAUCAAUACCGGCGCACGGCUGAACCCGGUGUUGGUGCGUUCACAGAACCCACUGCCCGUGAACAAGUGGACUGAAAUUGAGGUGUCGCGUCGUUUUGGCGAGGGCAUCUUACGCGUAGGCAAUGAGCCGGAGCAACGUGCUAAGUCUACGAAAUCUGCGCGUAUGCUGUAUCUAAAGACGCCACUCUACGUCGGCGGCUUUGAUCAUGAGAACAUCAAACUCAAUCGGGACGUAAAUGUCACGCGCGGCUUCGAUGGCUGCAUCUCGGGCCUGUUUGAAGGUCAACGCCAAAUUCACCUCAUCGCCGACAUCCAAGAUGCGGCGAACAUACAAAACUGUGGUGAGAUCAACGAGAUCGAUCAGAAUGAGACCUUCGACAACUACGAGCACGAAGCCAACAAACCGCAACCGGCAACGGGCUCACAACCUGAAGUGCAAAUGGAAAAGGCGCACCAACAAAUGGACGCCUGCGCCAGUGAUCCCUGUGAAAAUGGUGGUAGCUGCAGCUUGCUUGAAGGCAUGGCCAUUUGCGAAUGUCCUUUCGGCUUCGCGGGCAAGCACUGCGAAGAACACAUUACCUUCGAAUACGACGCGAACUUCCAUGGCAACGGCUACCUCGAGGUGAACCGUGACCAAUUCAACACUGAAAUCGAACAAAAAUACUCAUUCGCCGCUUUGGUCUUCUCCACAACCGAUCCCAAUGGACUGUUGCUGUGGUGGGGCCAGAAGAAAAAUGAGGAAUACACCGGUCAGGACUUCAUGGCAUUAGCCAUUGUCGAUGGUACCGUUGAAUUCUCAUUCCGUCUCAAUGGCGAGGAGACCGUCAUACGUAAUCCCGACAAACGUAUCGAUGAUGGCAGUCGCCACAUUGUACUGAUCAAACGUACCGACAACACUGCCAUACUAGAGUUGGAUCACCUCCUGGACGCGGGUGAGACACGCCCAACGGGCAAGGAUAAAAUGAGUCUGCCGGGUCAUGUGUUCAUUGGUGGUGCGCCAGAUGUUGCCAAAUUCACUGGCGGUCGCUACAACAAGAACUUCAACGGUUGCGUGCGUGUCGUUGAAGGCGAUGCGCGUGGCAUCAUACAGUUGGGCACAGCAGUCGUUAGUGGCCAAAAUGUGGAUACGUGUCCGCAAGCCGACGACGUACCGAUUGGCACCGAACCACCAGUCGUUUGAACAUAGCUUUUAUAUACGUAUAUAAUAUAUAAUUAACGCAUAUAUAUAUAUGUAUUUAUAUAUA